AUGAACGAAGAGUAUGAUGUGAUAGUACUUGGUACUGGUCUCAAGGAAUGCAUCCUUUCAGGACUCCUCUCUGUCAAGGGCAAGAAAGUCCUUCAUUUGGACAGAAAUGGCUACUAUGGAGGUGAGACUGCUUCUCUUAACUUAACCAACUUAUGGGCUAUGUUCAGACCAGGCGUCGAACCACCCAAGGAAUACGGACAUAACAGAGACUGGAACGUUGAUUUGAUUCCUAAAUUCAUUAUGGCCAACGGAAACCUCGUAAAGAUGCUUCUCCACACUAAGGUAACUAGAUAUCUUGAAUGGAAAUGCGUUGAUGGGUCAUACGUCUUCCAAAAUCAAAAGGGUGGUCUCUUUUCAAGCGCAAAAUCAGUCAUCCAUAAGGUUCCCUCUAAUGAUUCAGAAGCCCUUAAGAGUCCACUUAUGGGUCUCUGGGAGAAAAAGAGAUGCAGAAACUUCUAUCUCUAUGUUCAAGAUAUCGAAGUUAACGAACCAAAGACCUGGAAAGAUAUUGAUAUUAUGAGAUAACCAAUGAGAGAUGUUUUCAAGAAAUUCAAAUUAGAAGACAAUACCAUUGAUUUCUUAGGUCACUCAGUCGCUCUCUUCAGAGAUGAUGAAUAUAUUGAGCAACCAGCAGUUGAUUGUGUUAAGAAGAUCGCUUUGUAUGUCGAAUCACUUGGUAAAUAUGGAGAUUCACCAUUCCUCUACCCAAUCUAUGGUCUUGGAGGACUUCCAGAGUCAUUCUCUAGACUUUGCGCCAUCCAUGGAGGUACUUACAUGCUCAACACCAAGGUUGAUGAGAUCCUCUUUACUGACGGCAGAGUCUCAGGAAUUAAGAGUGGCACUGAAGAAGCAAAGGCACCAUUGAUCAUCUGCGAUCCAAGCUACGUAAGAGGUUUGAGCAAGGUACAGGAGAAUGGUAAAGUCAUCAGAGCUAUUUGCAUUCUUGACCACCCAAUUCCAAGCACAAAUGAGUCUACUUCAUGCUAAGUCAUCCUUCCUCAGAAACAAUUAGGAAGAAAAUACGAUAUCUAUAUUUCAAUGGUUAGUUCAAGCCAUGCUGUCUGCUCAAAGGGAUUAUAUAUCGCUAUGAUCUCAACGACUGUUGAGACUUCAACACCAGAGCUUGAAAUCAGACCAGCACUUGAUUUACUAGGAGAUGUUCUCGAGAUGUUCGUUCAAAUCUCAACCAUCUAUGAACCCAUUGAUGAUGGAAAGAAGGACAACCUUUUCGUUACUAAGAGCUAUGAUGCUACAUCUCACUUCGAGAGUGCCAGUGACGAGGUACUUGAACUCUAUGAGAGAAUUACUGGAGAGAAAUUAGAUCUAAAUAUUGAACCAACUGAUGAGGAGGAGUACUGA